UCCCGGCGUUCCUGCCGUCGGGAAGCGAUCCCGGGACGCGGGCAGCCGCUGCCCAGACGCCGGGGCGCAGGCGAGCGGGUCGGGGUGCGGCAGGGACGGGCAGAGGACGAGCCCGCAGCGGGCAUGGCCCACAGAACCGGCCGCGCUGCGCCCCGAACGGGCCGCUCCGAGAGGGCCGCCGAGGAGCCCGGGGCUCGCGCCGCCGGCCCCAGCGUGGACUCCCUGGGCUUCCAGGCCAUGGACAGCACCGUGCCGGGCCUGUCCCGCGUCAUCCUCCAGAAGCUCAACGUGAAGAGCUACGACGAGUACAAGUCCGCCAUGGACGGGAGGAAAAAGGGCAGUGAUUUCGGCAUCCGGACUUACUUUGACAUGUUCCAGAAGAUGGAGGACACCUUCAAGUUUUGCGCUGAGUGCAAGAAACUCCCUGAUGCUCUUCCUGACCCCAAAAGUCUCCGGCGAUGCAAGAGGUGCCAGAACGUGUACUACUGCGGCGUGACGUGCCAGCGCGCCAACUGGCCCCUGCACAAGAAGUUCUGCAAGAAGCUGAAGCUGGCGGCCCUGGACCGGCUGGUGGAGUGGCUCAUCUUCACAGGAGACAUCCCCUUCCCCACGGAGACCUGGACAAAACCUGCCCGGGACGUGAAGGGCUGGGAGGACUGGUUUGCCAUGCAGGGGCAGCUGGAAGAGAAGCUGGGCACCAUCCUGGGCGGGCGCUACAUGACCAUGCUCUGGGCCAACGCCGGGAAGCCGAGGCCGGAGGACGGAGAGCUGCGCGAGUCCGUCAAACGACUCGUCACGGACUUCCACUCGCGGCCGGUCACCAUCGGCUUGGGGCUGCAGCUGUUCGGCAUCGAGCCGCUCGCCAGGCCGCUCACCGUGCAUGUGGUGGGGGCCUCGCACGUCGAGACCCUCAACACCCGGGUGACGGACUACGACGAGCUGACGCGGAUGUUCCCAGGGCACCAGGGCAUGGAGGUGGUGAUGGUGGGGGUGGAUGUGGUGGACGGGCCCAUCAUGCGGCCGCCGCUGGCGGCGCCGGGGCCCCGGGGCCGGGUCUAUCUCAGCAGCUACAAAGGCCUCUAUCACGACUUCUGGGAAGGCCACGUGGAGACCCAGCUGGCCGCCCGCCCCGACCUGGUGGUGGGCUUCCACCCGGGUUUCCACGCCUGCCCCGACCUCAUGGCGGGCUGGCUGCCCACGCUGCUGCUGCUGCGCGACUACCGCCUACCCACCCUCUUCACCGUCUACAACGAGCAGGAGCUGAAGGCGUCGCUGCAGAUCCUGGCGGAGCUGGAGACGCACGUCGCGGGCUGCGGCGGCAACCCCUUCGCCUCGCUGCGCCCCGAGCACGCCCACUCCAGCCCCAACAAGGCGCCCGUCUACUGCAGCUCCUACUACAUCGCCGUCCUGGGGAUGUCGGCGGCCCCCGAGGCGGACUAGCGGGCCCAGAGCCCGCCCGGCCGCCCGCACACGCGACGGGGGCCCGCCGCGGCGCCGGCGAGGAGGGCGCCCCGGCCGCCACGUCCCGCCACGCCGCAAUAAACCACCGCCAGCCGCCGU